AUCAUCUUCGUCUAAUCCCUUCUCAAAAACCAAAGCAAAGCAUGUCUCCUGCAUAAUAAACGAAUAUGCCACCACGCUACACGUGUAACACCACCCAAUUACGUGUGCAAUUCAGAUCUAGCCACGUGACAUUCUAUUAAUUUCCGUGGAGUGCACCGAAAACAACUUCAUCCUUUUGCUUCCCCUUUCUUCUUCUUCCGUGUUAUUAACUCCUUCGUCAUUCCCAAUCCUAUUAUGGCAUUUGGGCUCAGAACGAAGAGCUUUGGGUUCAUAGAAGGAGAGCCUCAGUUUGUGAGUGCAUUCCAAUGGUGGAACCAGAUUGAUGACUCGGAUCAAUGGCAGAGAGGCACUUACUAUGCCCUCUGUGUCUCUUAUACCUUGGUCUCAUUUAUUGCCCUGGUACAACUGGUGCGAAUUCAAAUGAGGGUACCUGAAUAUGGGUGGACAACGCAGAAGGUUUUCCACUUGAUGAACUUUGUUGUCAAUGGAUUAAGGGCUGUCCUUUUCGGUUUAUACAAAAGUGUUUUUGCAAUAAGAGCAAAGGCACUAGAGCAGGUGUUAAUGGAGCUUCCUGGUCUUCUGUUUUUUUCUACGUAUACAUUGCUUGUCUUGUUCUGGGCUGAGAUAUAUCACCAGGCAAGAAGUGAACCCGCACAGAAACUUAGGCCUGCUUAUUUUAUUAUCAAUGGUUUUAUUUACUUGGUACAGAUCUGCCUCUGGAUUUACAUGUGGAUUUACAUGAUUGCAAGCAAAACUGCUACAGGCUUGGAAGCUGCAGAACUCUUUCUUUCAGUUAUAUCAUUCUUUGCUGCUCUUGGAUUUUUGUUGUACGGUGGAAGGUUGUUUUUCUUAUUGAGGCGUUUCCCCAUUGAAUCUAGAGGCCGUCAAAAGAAACUUUACGAGGUCGGGUCUGUUACUAGUAUUUGUUGCACUUGUUUUCUGAUAAGAUGUGCUUUGCUUGCAUUUUCUGUAUUUGGUAAAAAUACAGAUCUUGAUGUCUUGAACCAUCCCAUUCUUAAUCUGGUUUACUAUUUGAUGGUAGAGAUUGUUCCCUCAGCGUUGGUGCUUUUCAUACUGCGAAAGCUGCCCCCAAGACGAGUUUCUGAUCAGUACCACCCCAUUAGAUGAUGAGUUGUGCACUUAAAAGCCUCCCACCAACAGUCAAUAUAUGUUCCUUUACUCUCUUUUUUUUUCUACAUAUCUUCAGUCUGAGAUGGUUACCUGUUCUGUAUAUUCAUAAUUUCAUUUUAUUCAAUUAAUGGUGUUUAUUCUCUAAA